AUGGCGAAUCGAGUCGUUGAGGUAGGAGGUGCCGUCGGCCCUCGCGAUGUGGACGAGAAGGCCAAGCGUGAUGAGGCCCAGAGUAGCGACGUCGAGUUGCCGCUCGGUGCCCAAGUUGAAUCGGACCUCAACGCGACCGAGGAUGAUAUCCUAGAGGCCAGGGAGAUGGCCGAGAGGCUGACGCUCGGAGAGGUCCAGUCGAUGAUGAAGAAGGUUCUCGCCAUCCAUGAAAGCGACCCGAACUUUCCGUCGAGCAUGAUCGAGCGCAUCAAAGAAUUUCUCGGCGACGACGAAAUUAUCCAGAACCCCGAGAAGCAUGCUGUCUUGAUUGAGGAGAUGAAGCUCCAGGCCGCCCUGAUCACGAUUAAUAGCCCCUACGCCGAGGUGCGCGCCGUCGUCGACAACCAUGACGAUGUCACGAUACCUUGUGGCACCCUCCGUGCUUGGAUUAUCGGCCUGGGCUUCUCGGUACUGCUUGCCUUUAUCAACCAGCUCUUCAGCAUCCGCCAGCCCGCCAUCUCCGUCCAGGCCAACGUCGCCCAGCUGCUGGCCUUCCCCGUCGGCAAGGCCUUCGAGCGGCUGCUCCCGGACGCCGGCUUCACGCUCUGGGGCACGCGGCACAGCUUGAACCCGGGCCCGUUCUCGCGCAAGGAGCACAUGCUCAUCACCAUCAUGGCCAACGUCGCGUGGAACUAUCCGUACUCUAACAACAUCAUAUGGGUUCAGUAUCUGCCGGCUUACUUCAACCAAAGAUACGCAGGUCAGUUCUCCUACCAGAUCAUUAUCGGCCUCGCCACCAACUACAUCGGCUACGGCAUGGCCGGUAUAAUCCGUCGGUUCUUGGUCUACCCGUCUCAUUGCGUGUGGCCGGCGUCUCUCGUCACGAUCGCCCUGAACGCGGCGUUCCACAACGACAAGAACACCCCGGUCAAGGGCCCGUUCGGCAAGAUAUUCACCAUCUCGCGGAUCAAGUUCUUCGGCGUGACCUUCGCCGCCAUGUUCGUCUACUUCUGGUUCCCCAACUACAUCUUCACCGCCCUGAGCGCCUUCAGCUGGCUUACCUGGAUCGCACCCGACAACCUGAAUCUCACCGCCAUCACCGGCUUCAACAACGGCCUCGGCAUCAACCCGUGGCCUACGUGGGACUGGAACACUCUGCUCUUCGACAACACGGAUCCGCUCAUGAUCCCCUUCUUCUCCACCUUCAACAAGUUCAUCGGCAUGCUCAUCUCCGGCUUCGUCAUCGCCGCGUUCUGGUACACCAACACCUACAACACGGGCUACCUGCCGAUCAACUCGAACCGGGUCUUCGACAACACCGGCUCGCUCUACAACGUCUCCAACGCCGUCGACGACCGCAGCCUCUUCGACCCCACCAAGUACGAGGCCUACUCGGCCCCGUUCCUCUCCGCCGGCAAUCUGGUCGUGUACUUGAUGUUCUUCGGCAUCUACUCGGCCGUCGUCUCGUACGCGUACCUCUACCACCGGCACGAGAUCGCGAUGGGGUUCAAGAGCCUCAUCCGCAGCUUCCGCAGGGGAAGUGGCGGCGGCGGCGGCGGCGGCGGCGUCGACGGGUCCGGCGAGUACCAGGACGUCCAUAACCGGCUCAUGGCCAAGUACGCCGAGGUGCCCGAGUGGUGGUACACGAUCGUGCUCGCCAUCGCCAUCGCCCUCGGCUGCGUCGCCAUCGCCUGCUGGGACACGUACACGAGCCCGGGGGUCGUGUUCUACGGACUCGCCCUCUGCGCCCUCUUCGUCGUCCCCAUCGGCGUCGUCAAGGCCAUCACCGGCGUCGAGGUCACCCUCAACGUGCUCGCCGAGUUCAUCGGCGGCUCCUUCGUCGGCGGCAACGCGCUGGCGAUGAACUUCUUCAAGUCGUUCGGGUACGUGACGUGCAGCCACGCGCUGCUCUUCUCCAACGACCUCAAGCUCGCGCACUACGUCAAGAUCCCGCCGCGCCAGACCUUCGCCGCCCAGAUGGCCGGCACCUUCGUGUCCACCUUCGUCUCCGUCGGCGUCCUCAACUUCCAGAUGAACCAGAUCCCCGGCGUCUGCACCAUCAACGCCCCCAACCGCUUCACCUGCCCGGGCAUCAACACAUUCUUCACCGCCUCGGUACUCUGGGGCACCGUCGGCCCGGUCAAGGUGUUCGGGCGCGGGGGGAUGUACACGUGGCUGCUGGCCGGGUUCCCGAUCGGGUUCGUGACGCCGUUCGCGGUGCGGUGGGCGGCGCGGCGGUUUCCGAGGGCGGGGUGGCUGCGGCAGGCGCACGUGGUGGCGGUGUUCUACGGGGCGCUGUCGUGGGCGCCCUACAACCUGUCGUACCUGUGGCCGGCUGUGCCCAUCGCCUGGCUGUCGUGGGUCCGCCUGCGCCGCUCCCGCCUCGCCUUCUGGUCCAAGUACAACUUCGUCCUCUCCGCCUCCUUCAGCUCCGCCGUCGCCGUCGCCGCCAUCAUCAUCUUCUUCGCCCUCCAGUGGCCCGAGCUCCGCCUCCGCUGGUGGGGCAACGACGUCGUCAACCAGGGCUGCGAGGGCGACCCCUGCGUCCUCCGCCACCUCCCCGACGGCGAGUACUUCGGCCCCCGCAUCGGCGAGUUCCACUGAAGCCCUUUCCCCCCUUCCUCCGGUCGACGAGGCCGCGGGUCCCGCAUUUAGGUGUUGCGUGCGGGCUGAGGGAGCGAGCGGUAAAGCAUCGGUGCGAAUCUAGUGCCAGGAGAAAGGCUCGGCCUAUUAAACAUCUCAUAUGCCCGAGGUCACGGCCACGUCCGGACCUUGAAUGGGACGGUUUAUUGCUUCUUCGUGGCGUCUGCGUGGCAUCUCGAGGUGUGGUGGCACUCUUGCAAGCAGUAUGGGUUUAAAGAACCCUCUAAUGACUCACCGAUUCUCCCUAGGGAGGAGACGGAAGAUUGGU